ACGAAGGCAACCAGGUCGAAGCAUCGAUACACCUCUCGAUACGACUCUCCAUCACAAACCCCAUCACGGCCAUUUCAUGCAUGCCAGCAUAGGAACCCCACCAACAUGGCACCGCUUGCGAAGACCCAACUAAAAGAUGACGAUUCCAAAUCUCUCCCUCGUUCGCGCUCCUCUUACUCUUGCUCCUCCACAAGUGCAAGUUUUACCACUGAAACCGAAACCGGGACCACCGAGACCGGCUACCCAACUACCGCAGUGAGAGCCACCAGAUCAAGGGCCGCAUCGCACCACGUCUUGGGACAACCGUCAUUGUCUUCCCUUGCGGGGUUGGUAGCUGCUUCGACGUUGGCGAGAGCAACGGUCGACGGUGAGGUCCCCGAGAAUGGGAGUGGGAGUAGGACUAAACGUCUUGAAAAUGCUCUCGCAAAUCUCCCUUGGGCCGAACCUCCUCCUCGGAUAUCUCCUUUGGCUUCCCCUCUCGCUUCUCCUCUAUUCCUCCAUUCCCCUUUACCUCCUUCGCCUCCCACUGCUACCUGUACGGAUGCAACCACAGCAACAAAACUCUACCCUUUCCUUACCCAAGAUCCAAGUUCAAUUCAAGGUACUAAACGUUCCUCCGCCAGGUCCACAUGGUCGGGGUACAGCGGUACGGCUGAUCUGGCCACACCAACUGUGGAAGACCAUGUUCCGGACAAGGACGUCGAUGUCUAUGUCAAUGUAGGUGUCGCUGGGGAGAGCGUAAUUGUCAAUGGAAACGAUGUCGAGAAGCAGGACAAGAAGUCUAUUACUUCCGGAUUCUCCUUGAAUUCAUCCACAUCCAAGUCAACAAAAUCUGCAAAGUCAAACAUCUCGACCAAAUCAUCAAAACGAAGCUCAACGAUCACCCUUGGAUACAUCCUGGCCAAACGGUGGGAGAUGAAAAAGUACGAAGAAACCAAUGCGGCCUCGACCCGCAAAAUCCUAAAAGGUGAAGACGCUGAAAGGGAAGAUGAAGGAGAUUUGGAGAUGCUCUUAGGCCGGACAGUCAUCCUGGAAAAGAUGCUCAAAUCUGGUAAACGUGUAUCGCAACACUCCACAAAAAGCUCCAAAAACUCUAAAUCCCAUAAUAAGAGGACCUACAAAAUCUCGCGAUUCUCUGUAUCAACCCGCCACACCCGCACUCCAUCACCACAAUUUUCAUCAUCUUGCACUACCACUGGCGAUAGUCCUAUAAAGCCACAUCCACCUUUUUUUGUCCCCUGGCUUAACCACCAAACUUGCCCUACACGAUCAUCCUUCUCCAACCCCUCCGGGGACCGUUGUCUUGUGUCCCAGCUCCCUUCUACUCGUUCCUCCUUAUUACCUUACCCCCCAUCGAUCAAUCACACAAGCAAGGAAGAUGAUAGGAGGAAACAUUUCUCCACGCCUCCCCUUGCAAGCUCGACUCGCUCAAGUUUAAAGCAGCAACAUCGUCUUCAACUUCAAUAUUCAAGAAAGCUGGAAAGGAUGAAAAGCCGGGAGGAUGUGUUCACCGAGUUAGGGAGCGAUGAAGAGGGGGACAAUUCUGGUCCUGGUUUUGGAUCAUACGGACAAUCACACCCCACCCCGCAUUUCAGUAGGAACAGCGAUGAAGCUACGAGGAAUGGGCUCGGGAUAUCGAUACCAAAAAGAGGGAGGGAAAACCUGUCAGGGGUAGGAAUAAGUAUAAGAGAAGAACGAGAAGGAGUAAUCGUAUUCCCCGAGGAAAUCGAUGAUCUAUUAGUCCCACAUGUUACACCAUUAAAAAAGGGACAUGGUCAUGAUCGAGGUUUUCAAGGAAGGAAAACUGGUCCAGGGAGGAUGUUUAUGACUAUGUCAGAGGGCAACACGAAAACGAAGUCCAAGGCGGAUGGGAAGGGAUUGAGAAAAAUAUUGGGCUGUACACACUCGGAUGCUUCUUCUCCUUCUCUCGGGCAAGGGGCGCUAUCUGAACAGAGAGAAGAUCACGUUGAUCGCGGGUUUGGUCUUGGUCUGGAUUUUGGUCUUGAUGGUGAUGUUAAUAUUGGGAAAGAAUUAUUCUCAACUGCAACUGGCGAGUGGACUAUGCGCCUAGGGAGAAAAUCAAGGAAUUUGAAAGAUGAAGAUGAAGGUGAAGAAAGGGGAAGGGAAGAAGAGAGAGAAGAAAGAGCAGCGCCACGUCCUCGACAAUCCCCCCAUCUAGGCCAUCGAUCCCCCAACUGGCAAGCGCGUCAAUCCAUCUCAUCAUACUUUCCCACCCUUGCUUGGGAUUCUAUUGUCCAUGAAGAAACCCGAGCUUACAGUGGGAAUGGGACGCCGGGAGAAUGUGUUCGGGAGGGGGUUCACACCGGAUCUGGUGUUGAGCAAGGCCUGAGACGAAGAGGGAUCUGGGGCAGGAAAUGGGUUGUGGGAGUAAGUGUAGGCGUGGGAGUGGGAGUUAUUGUGAUUAUUACAUUGUUGAGUGGGUUGCUGGGGAAUAAAGAAGAUGUGCAAAAAGAUUAAAAAUCCUACUGGGCUUACGGAGGAAGGCGUUUCGCUAUCUUGCUAAGGAACAUGACUGAUGUGUAUCGUACGUAUUUUAUCCACAUCAUAUGACAUGUAUUCUAUCCGGCUUCUAUAAAACAAAACUCCCCAUCCAGUCCAAAAGUGGGUUGCGGGCCGAGCAUGUUCAUACAUUUGACAUUCCCAUUACCACCACCCUUCAAGUGGAUUCCAGUUCUCCCCUUUCACAGCAUUCUCCAAAAUCUUCCAAACCACCGUCGGCUGAUCUACCUGCGCCAUGUGCCCAGCAUCUGGGAAACCAUACAGCGUUACGGCGCCUCCGGGAUUAUGGACGAUACCUCUGAAUGCUGUUUCUGAUGGCUCCGCCGAUGGGGGAAUGGUGAUGGGGGUUUGGCGGAAUGCUGAAAGUUGGGAAGAAGGGAUACGGGACAUCUAAACAAAAAUAUUAGUUGCAAGGUGGCAAGAGAACAUUUUGGGCGUACCCAGGCGAGUGAACCUUCAUAUGGGAGGAUAGUGUCAUUCAUACCGCUGUACACAAAAAUGCGGGUGCCAGCGUCGAUGACGGCAGGGAGGAGGUGGUGUGCAGCUUGCAUACUGUGAGAUGACGUGUUAGCACGUAUCCCUUGAGGCGAGAAUGGAACUUACUUGUCCGCAUUAAGAUAGAAAUACAAGCUAGAAAGGCCCAGGAAACUCCAAGUCAAAUGAGACGGGACACCAAACUGCCGCUCGAGUUACUCGCAAACUAUCGUUCCACCACCAGCAAGUGUCUACUGGCCAGCAAGGCGGUUUGCGACUGUCAUACCUGUCUACCCUUGCGUCCUUCCAAGUCAACUCGAAUGGCGGUGCGCAAUAUUUAGCAGCCUCACGUCGGAGCUCACGAGUGGAAAGAUGCGAGGUGGAUUCAGACGUGAGGAAUGCAAGACGGUCAAGGCAUGGGGUAAGGUAGGAUUCAAGUGUUUCACAAGAGGAGGAAGGAAGGAUUGCUGGAGGGGUGUAGCAAAGAUGAUGAAGGUUUUGGUAUCUGUUGGCUUGAUUAGAUUACGAAUGCAGACUACGAAG